GGACUAAGCAGUAUGCUGUACGGGGGGGUUAAUAAACCUCAGCAUAGAUUUGGUCAGAGUGUGUUUGAUUAGACCUCAGAGCAGUGUGUAAGUGACCACAAGAGAACCAUGAAGCAUCACUGCACUCUUAAACAUGACAUUUUUAAAGAGUUCCUGGCGGAGUUUCUUGGGACAUUUGUGUUGGUGUUGUUUGGCUGUGGCUCUGUAGCUCAGACAGUCCUAAGCAGGAAUACAAUGGGUGAACCGCUCACUAUCCACCUUGGCUUCACCACCGGACUCAUGAUGGGUGUCUAUAUUGCUGGUGGGGUUUCAGGAGGACAUCUAAACCCAGCAGUUUCCCUGGCCAUGGUCAUACUGGGUAAACUAAUCUGGAAGUUUCCAAUUUAUGUCAUUGCACAGCUACUGGGAGCCUUUGCUGGAGCUGCUGGAGUGUUUGGACUGUAUUAUGAUGCAUUUAUGGAAUUUACCAGUGGAAUUCUGUCAGUAACAGGAAUUAAUGCCACAGGACACAUUUUUGCUUCUUACCCUGGACGACAUCUCACAAUACUUGGAGGGUUUGUGGAUCAGGUGAUUGGAACAGGCGUGCUGGUGCUGUGUAUUCUGGCUAUAACUGAUAAAAGGAAUAUUGGCGCUCCUAAAGGAGUAGAGCCUCUGGCCAUUGGUCUGAUUAUCCUGGGUAUCAGUAUAUCCAUGGGCAUGAACUGUGGAUACCCAUUGAACCCUGCCAGAGACCUUGGUCCCCGACUCUUCACUGCUAUGGCUGGUUGGGGCAUGGAGGUGUUCAGCACUGCAGAUCACUGGUGGUGGAUCCCAGUGUUCGGGCCUUUGAUAGGAGGCAUCACGGGUGCUGUAGUGUACUUCCUCCUGAUCGAGCUGCACCACUCUGACCCCUCAGAGAAAGCACAGCAAAAGCCUGAGGAAGAAGAGGAUGAAGAAGAGGAUGAGGACAGUAGCCUGAGGGACAAAUAUGAAAUGAUAACUAUGGGCUAAGCAGAUAAUUUCUGACUAUGAAGCAAAUAAAAAUGAUUACAAAUUAAGGAAAAAGUUGGCUCUUGACUCUCACUUUAGCUCCCAGACUUUCAUUUGUUUGUUGUCAGGAAGCAAGUUGAGACCGGGAUUAGAGUGAGAAGCCAUCUAUUUAACGGCUUAUAUCUUUGUACUACCUUACAGGAAAGUGUCUAUUUUGGGAAUCUAUUUGAUAUGAGCAUUUAUUCAGAAAAUCCAUUGCAGUAAUAUAUCUUUCCCAAGGAAAAUGAAAGCCAAAGAUGCUAAAAAAAUUUCCAGCUAAAAAUGUAGGAGAGAUAAGGUCACUGUAAAGAAACUGUACUUGUUAUUUCUAAAUUUGUAUAGGUUAUGCAUUUUUUUAUGUUUUGAAUAUACAAUAGAUUGCAGUAAUGUUAGCCAUUAAAAGUGAAUACAAUAUUAAAAGUAUAUCUAAUUUGUAUAGUAUAAUUUGAUUGUACUCAAAAUCCUAUGUAGUGACAAGCAUAAUUGGUCAUUGUGAUCCCUGUUUCUAUUUCUUCCUCCACAGUUCUUAAUUAUCUUUGUAAUUGAUAGAAAUUUUGUAAUAAAGCUCCUUGU